AAAUACAAGCUUCCACGACCAAAGAGUCUGAAGCAAACAUCUCAAAUAAUCAAAUUACUCUCACUCUCUUUCCACCAUGGAUAUCCCAGCCACCACUUGUUCCGCCAAGGACCUCGCCGUCCUCCUAUCUUCUUCUUCUAACUCUACUUCUUCCCUCGCUGCGGCAACCUUUCUCUGCUCUCAAUUCUCCAACAUCUCCAACAAACUCUCCGACACAACUUACGCCGUGGACAACACGUAUCUUCUCUUCUCCGCCUACCUAGUCUUCGCCAUGCAGCUUGGUUUCGCCAUGCUCUGCGCCGGCUCGGUCCGAGCCAAGAACACUAUGAACAUCAUGCUCACCAACGUCCUCGACGCGGCAGCUGGAGCCAUCUCUUACUAUCUCUUUGGAUUCGCGUUCGCCUUUGGAACACCAUCCAACGGCUUCAUCGGUCGCCACCACAGCUACUUCGCCUUGAGCUCUUAUCCCGAACGCCCUGGCACCGACUUUAGUUUUUUCCUCUACCAAUGGGCUUUCGCUAUAGCCGCAGCGGGAAUCACCAGCGGCUCCAUCGCUGAACGAACUCAGUUCGUUGCUUACCUUAUCUACUCUUCUUUCUUGACCGGUUUUGUCUACCCGACAGUUUCACACUGGUUUUGGUCCAGUGACGGCUGGGCCAGCGCGUCGAGAUCCGACAACAAUCUCUUGUUUGGUUCAGGCGCUAUUGAUUUCGCGGGAUCAGGAGUUGUUCACAUGGUAGGCGGGAUUGCCGGUCUGUGGGGAGCAUUGAUCGAAGGACCAAGAAUAGGUCGGUUCGACCGGAUGGGCCGGUCCGUUGCGUUACGUGGCCACAGUGCGUCCCUUGUCGUACUCGGUACCUUCUUGUUGUGGUUUGGAUGGUACGGAUUCAACCCUGGUUCCUUUUUGACCAUUCUAAAACCCUACGAAAAGUCUCGGCCAUACUACGGACAGUGGAGCGCUGUAGGCCGUACAGCGGUCACCACAACACUCGCUGGCUGUACAUCCGCUUUGACCACUCUAUUCAGCAAAAGGCUCCUUGCGGGUCACUGGAACGUUAUUGACGUUUGCAACGGAUUGUUAGGCGGAUUUGCAGCUAUCACCUCAGGAUGUGCCGUGGUAGAGCCGUGGGCUGCUAUAGUAUGCGGAUUCGUGGCAUCAUGGGUAUUGAUCGGGUUUAACUUGCUCGCCAAGAAACUCAAGUACGACGAUCCGCUUGAGGCCGCUCAACUCCACGGGGGAUGCGGAGCAUGGGGCCUGAUCUUUACCGGACUCUUUGCGACCAAAAGAUACGUCAACGAGGUUUACUCUGGUGAUAGUAGGCCUUAUGGAUUGCUGAUGGGUGGGGGAGGAAAGCUGCUCGCCGCACAGUUAGUUCAGAUCGUUGUGAUCAUUGGGUGGGUAUCCGUGACGAUGGGGCCAUUGUUCUACGGUUUGCAUAGGAUGAAUCUCUUGAGGAUAUCGACAGAGGACGAGAUGGCCGGAAUGGACAUGACUCGUCACGGUGGCUUUGCUUACGCGUACAACGAUGAGGAUGACGUGUCAGUUAAACCGUGGGGAAAAGUGGGGCCCACAAGCCAGAGUUCGACUCCUACACCGCCCUUGACUGCUUGAUCCAAGAUUUGAGUGGUCCUAAGCAAAUGUGUAAUAUGAAGACAAAAGAAAGUUGGACAUCAAACAUGUUGGUCGCAUAUGUGUGUUGUUUUUGGUCUUUUGUUUAUUAUUAUACAUUGUUGUGGACAUGAAUUAUUGAGCUCUUAACUCAUAUUAUUAUCAGUAGUUUCGUUUCCUUUUAUUCUAAUUGAAAGUUAUCGUUUGUAUCAUAGACUUAAAUUUGAAUAAAAUCCUUAUUUGAAAAACCGUU